AUGUACCGAGUGUUUGCACCUCGCGUGCUCGCCACGGACCUCAUUGUUUCAGAGCUAUUCCCAUGUGAACUGCCAUCAUAUAAAUGGUCUCUUUCUAGCUGGCCGCACAGGUAUCUUUCGUACAUCGAAGAGUGCUAUACAACUGGGCAUUCAUCUCUCUCUCGUCUCUCACUUGUUAUCGUUAGUGUAACGUACUUUUAUCUUAGAUUGUUGACGCUUCUGUUAAAAAGUGCAACCGAAACUCACAAUAUGUAUAAUAUACCACUAUUAACAGUUACUGAGUUGAAAAGUUCUCUUUGCGAACGUACUAGUUUCCACCAAACCAUUAGUUUUCCAGACAGAAUCGCACGUCAACAGGAGAUGAAAAAAAAAGAAUAUUGUCUCUCUGUACGAACGUCAAAUCCCGCUCUAAACCGUCCAAAUACCUCAUCUUCUACGAGCAGUCUGCGAUCUUUCUCUCACAUCGCCUGA